AUAUCAUGAACCUUAGUCAAGCCUGGAAAAUCGUCUCUCCCACUCAGGGGACCCUGAUUAAAACCUUGUGAAAACUAAAUUUGUGAGCAUUAAUUUUAUCAGGUUAGCCUUUUCUGUAGUUUUUCUUCCUUGAUCAAAAUGUGGUUCAGGGCUGCGGUGUUCCUAGCCAUGUUGGUGGCCUCAAACACUGCAAAACUCGCUCCAAGAUCCUCAGACUUUUCUGCAGAUGUUCCAGAGAUUGAUUACUCAAAGGCAGAUUUUUUGGAUGAGAUUGGGGCAAGGCCAGAUGCCAGAGCAUUCCAACAAGCUAGUGGCAUGCCUUUGGAUGAGUCUCAGUUGUUGUAGCAGCAAAUGAUGCACUCAUCUUGCCUUCUGCUGAACAUGAUGGUAUCCCAUUGCCAGUUGAAGACUGGCCUGUGCACCCUGAGGACCCUGUGGACAGC